AUGACAAUUUGUUUUCUUCGAAAUGAUAAUAGUAUUCUCAAUCCUUAUAUUAAAAUAAAAGUACCAAUAGAGUUAUUUAAAUAUUAUAUUAACGAACAUUGUUUUAUUCCUUUUCAAUUUGAACAAAAACAAAAAGGAUAUUCAAUUGAAUUAGAAUUUGUUCAUUGGAAUGGAUUAUUAUUUCCAGUAAAGAAAGAAAGUAAUGAAAUGACUAUUGAAUACCAAAAAGGAAAAAUAAUUAUUGAUACACCAACACCUAAAAUAGAAGUAAAUAAAAUUGCUGAAGGAAAUGAAUAUGAAAUUAUUGAUUGUUUUGAAGGACAAAAAAUUAUUAAAAUAUUUGUAGACGAAUUUAAUACUCGUUGUGAAUGUUGUGGACUAAAAAAUAAACAAAUUCAUUUUGAAAAAAUGUAUUGUUUUACUCCAAAUAAAAAUAAUCCUUUUUCAAGAUAUAUUUUAUUAAGUCAAUGUUUAAAUUCUAAAUCAAUUAUUUCAAAUGAUAUUAUUCAAGCAUUUAUACAUUUUGUAUUUAUUCAAAGUGAGGAAACAAUACUCAUUGAUGAAAUUUAUGGAAUUAGAAAUGAAAAAAACAUAUUUAUUAUUUCAUCGGUUGUUGUUCAUUGUAAUUCUACAUCAAAAUUUUAUUAUUGGAAAAGAAGAAAUAUGACAAAUACAAUACCCCAUAAAUGUAAUAUAUAUUGUAAAGUUUUUGGAAUAUUCAAACAGAAAAAAAUUAUUACUGUUGAACCAGAAAACUAA